GUCUAUCAUUGCAUGCAUUAACAGUCCUGCCCCGAUUGAUGCCCAUGGAGUCCCAGGACCAGCUCAGGUGCUUCCGAGUGGUGGCGAACCCACCCGCAGAGGUGAAGUGGUUCUUCAAGGACAAGCCCCUCGAGGAAUCCGGACUCAUCCGGACCACUCAGGAUUGUCGCCCGUCUCUGCCCAGCCAGGAGAGGACGUGCUGCGUGAAGGUGGACCUGGCGACAUACGCCCACAACGGAGAAUACACGCUGGUGGCCGAGAACUCCCUGGGCCUUGCGAACGGUUCCAUGAUGGUCGACUUCAUGCUGCACAAGCCGAGAGAGCUGACUGAUGAGAGGGACCGUCUCAAGCCUCAUCACUUACCGACUCUGUUUCCUCGGAAGAACAGCAGCAGCCAUUUUUACGAGACGGAGCAGCGAGGCCGCGCCUCAGAUCCUCCUGCGUUGGGGGCAUUGUGG